AUGAUCGAUCGGAAACGGAAAAUGUGGAGGAAAGUGACCAUGUAUUUUGGAAACUACCGCAAUGGCGUGCUCUUAGUGGCUACUGUCACUUAUAUCAUAUCCUUUUGCAUUCGUUGUAAUCCAUCAUCCAGAAUGGCCGGUCGCGUUUUUCUUGUGUGCAAUUCCGUGCUAUGGUGUUUGAAACUAUUGGACUACAUGCGAGUGUUCAGGCAGUUGGGACCCUACAUCACAAUGGCCGCAGAAAUGAUCCCUCGCAUGCUUCCAAUUCUAGCGAUGCUCUUCGUGUCGCUGCUAUCUUUCGGCUUAAUUAGAGAGUCCAUAACUUAUCCAUACGAGAACUGGCAUUGGUUGCUCAUAAGAAACAUAUUCUAUAAGCCGUACUUUAUGCUUUACGGAGAAGUUUAUGCGCCAGAAAUAGAUACCUGCGGGGACGAAUUGUGGGACGCCCACAUCGAAGAAGGUGUACCUAUCCACUCCGGUCUGCUGAACGUCACACGUUAGUA